AUGUACGCCAGGAUAUUUGUUGGAAAUCCAGAACAAGAGAUUCUUUUGGCUGUACAUUUAGGAGCAUGCUAUUCAGUUUUACAAUCUCCUGUCAAUCCGAAUUGCGAAAAGACUACUUUUGAAAAUGUAUCAUAUUAUCAGGAUUUUUUCAAUCAAUUUACAAGUUCAUUGAAUUGUGAUCUUUACGGAACUUAUGAUGACUCCAAUUCUACCAACUACUCUCCAUUGUUACUUGAAGAUGCUGAUAAUACAUGUCAAAUAGGAGGCAUGUUAGGGGUUUUAGGCACUGAUAUUUUUGCAUUUUCUAAUCAAUUAUUGAUCGAUAAUUUUCCAUUCUGCAAUGUCUACUAUAAUGCACAAACUCCAGUUGGUAUAUUAAGUCUUUUUGGUCUAAAAUCCAACCCUGAUUGCAACAAAGAGGUUCCAAAUCUUUGGGAUUUGUUAAUUAAAAAUAAUUAUAUUAAAAGAAAAAUAAUGUCCUUUACUUUUGCCAAUUCAGCUGGUUCAAAUGGAAUCUCUCAGAUUUUAUUUGGCGCAAUUGAUAAAUCAAAAUAUUCAGAUAAAUAUUUGACCACAAUUCCCAUGAUCAAUCCAAGCAACCAGGCACAAGAAGAAAGUUAUACCUAUGCUAUUACAUUAAAUGGUUUGACCUUAAAUGGCCAAAGCCUAUUUCCACAACCAGAAAAAAACUACGCUGUGAAGUUUAAUAUCAAUGGUUGGGACAGUGAUAUUAAAUCGACCUAUAUCCCGAGUGAAGUUUAUCUAGAAUUAUAUUUGUUUGAUGGUGAUCAUAAUAAGAUUACUAAUUGUAGUGAAGUUGAUUAUGAUUGUAUAAACAAUUUUUUAAACAAAGAAAACUUUACUUUUGAUUUCUCUGGUUUCAAUUUAUCUAUUCCUGCAUACGAAUUAAUUGGCCUAUAUUCGAGUGAUAAACAAAGCAGUCUGAACAAUGAAAAAUAUUGGUUGGAUUGGAAUGAUUCCGUAAAAUCUGCUAGCUAUCCAAAUCAAUUUUUAGUCAGUGAAUCAGAGUUUUUGCUUGGAUUAAAUAUAUUAAAAUAUUUGUAUUUGGUGUUUGAUAUUGACCAUGAAACGAUAUCCUUGGGGAGGUCUCUUCACAAUGCUUCAAAUACCGCAAAUUCUUCAAAAGUUCAAGAUGAUAUUUCAAUUGAUGUGAUAACAGACAAUUCAUCAUUGCUUCCAAUGGCAAGUAAAGCUGCUUUGUAUAAUAGUUCUUAUUAUCUUUACAAGACUGAAAUUUUGAAAAAAUACUCAGAUUAUAAUUACACUACAGUCUCAACAGACGAAAGAAAUCAAACACAUACAAAGUCAAAGCUUAUCUUUGGUAUUUACACAAAAGUAGUAACAACAGAAUUUUAUUCAAGUGAAGCUAUGGAAUCAUUUUUCAGUUCUUUGAAUGAAUCAUCGUUUUCUUCUAGUAAAAAUUAUUCCACGUAUAUUACCAAUAGAACUAGGCUUUACAGAAGCUAUGCUGUCGCAGUCAGAGAUUUCGAUUUGAGUAUUCAAAACCAGUUUUAUUUAUCAUAUAUAUUUAUUUUGUUAUUAUUUUUUUAG